AUGGCGGCGAUGGCGAAUCUCGCUAACACCAUGGAAGCUAAUGCUGCUGCGACUCUGCAAGCAGUGCAGAGAUUGGGCCAACCGACUGGGAAUGGCAACGGAAAUGGGAACGGCAAAGGGAAUACCAAUGAUAAUGCUGAGGAUAAUGGCGAUAACACAAGAGGAGUUCCGAUGACCUUGGCGACGUUCCUCAAGGUUCAUCCGCCAACUUUCCGAGGAUCCACAAAUCCUAUUGAAGCGGACCACUGGUUCCAGGCUAUAGAGCGUGCUUUACAGGCGCAGCAUGUUCCUCUCAAUCAAUAUGUAGAGUUUGCCGCUUAUCAGCUAGCGGGAGAGGCCCAGCCCUGGUGGCAAGCUGAGUGUCGUUUGCUACAGCUUCAGAACACCGACAUUCCAUGGGAGGUGUUCCAAACGGCUUUCUACAAGAAAUACUUUCCUGAGUCUGCAAGGGAAGCAAAGGAGAUGGAGCUAAUGCAGCUGAAGCAAGGUUCCAUGUCUGUGGCAGAGUACACCAACAAGUUCGAAGAGCUUUGUAGGUUUUCUCGGGUAUGUCAAGGUGACCCGGAGACUUUCGAAAGUUGGAGGUGUAUUAAGUACCAAAGGGGCUUGAAGGACAAUAUUAUGACUGCUGUGGCUCCUAUGGAGAUCCGUGUCUUCUCCGACUUGGUGAACAAAGCAAGGGUAGUGGAGGAGUAUGCCAAGACAGUGGCGGCAUUUAAAGACACUCAUGGAGGGAGCUCUAGUCGUGGGCGUGGAAGAGGAAAUCAAAGUAAGAGUUCUCCGGAUUUAGCUUGUGAUCGUUGUGGACGGUUUCACCCUUAUGACUCAUGUAAGAUUGGUUUAGGUGGUUGCUUCAAGUGUGGGUUACCUGGCCACAUUGCGAGGGAUUGCCCUCGUGGGAGGAAUCAGAAUGCGGGCCAGAGUCAGCAUCAAGGUCGAGUCUUUGCUGUGAAUGCCAAGGAUGCUUCCAAGGCGGAUCCUUUGAUGAAAGGUAUAUGUCUAAUUGGUGAUAAAUCCUCAGUUGCAUUAUAUGAUACUGGAGCUUCGCAUUCGUUUAUUUCAUUUGCUAAAGUUGAGGAAUUAGGCUUGAAAGUAUCAGAGUUACCUUUUGAUCUACAUGUACAUACUCCGCAUCAAACAAUUAUGACUAGGUCACGUUGUAGACAAGUAGGUUUCAAGCUUGAGGGUAGAGACUUUGUACACGAUUUGAUCUGUUUACCAAUGGUGGGGCUGGAGAUGAUUUUGGGGUUUGAUUGA